AUGUUUGUGCCGCCCAGCACGAGCCAGGUGCUGGCUCGCCCCGAGACGCAAUUGAGAAAUCCGCAGCGUGAAGGCAGCAGCGUGCUUGCCAACUCCAUUCCAGGACAGAACGACAUGCGCACGCCUCGGCCACCACAAGCACUCAAUCCACACGAAGUGACAUCGCAAGUAUCAUCGAGCGAGGAUGAGCUGGGCCAUGGAGUUCAAAGAAGCCGCCAGCAGCGAGCGCAAGUGGCUUGUUCGCCUCGAACAGACGAUGAGGCAAGCAAGCUUUGGAAGCAUUUGGAGCAGCGUUUGGGUGUCAACUUAUCGUGCGCCCCAGGAGAAGGGCAUGACGGCUCUGAUCGUGCUGCUGCAAAAGGCGGACCUGCUCCAAAAGCGAAUAUCGACGAUGCUGUGUCUGCAGUACAGACUGCAUGGCAAAAGACGGUCAAGAUGGAUGCGCAGUCUUCCCAAGCUACCGGAGCUUCCCAAACAGGCACCGAGUCUAGCGUGAGAUCCAUGCACAGUAGGCGCGCGCCGGUCGGAUGGAUCUCUGAAAACAGAAGUCAGGACAGCACCCUUUCUGGGUCUCGCAUUCCCGUGCCCAUUAGCCAGAAGAGGGCAAGCGUGACGUCUUGUGCAGGCGGCACAUCGCGCAUUCCUAGACCGCCACUCAAAGCACGGCCAGUCAAUGCGCGUCAUCGGGAUUUGUCUGUGCUGCCAACAUCGAUCCAAUCCAGAGCGGCUCCACCGAACGCGCGGGCAAGAGGCGAGUUUGGAGUGGGAAGGCCGCGUGCAGACACAGAAACGAGCGUCUCUCUCUCUACCACCUCUGGCAUCUCCUCGGAUAGCGAGUCAUCUCAAGAAGGUGCAAAGACUCCGAAAGACUUGCGAGCUGCAAGUCCAGUAGCAAACAAGCAGCCGACGUGCAGCUCUUCUCCAGUCGCCAUGACGCUCCUCGCUUUGCGAAGCAACACCAUUCGACGCUCCGUCAGACAGGCCAUCGACGACAGAGAUUUCGGCAUGGAAGACGAAAAUAUCGAUUACAUUGGAGUGGCCCCGCGCCUUACGGCCCAAAGGUACGCAGAGAAUAACGCUGCGCUCGCCGAGCUUGGCUGCUCUUGA